UCAGAACAGAGGUUUGGGGAGAGAAAGUUUUCAGAGUCAGGCACAGGCGGGCAGACACGACCUCAAGCAGGACCAGCCUUCCAGACAGGAAAGAGGGUUGUGGAGAUGCAGGAGGCCAACUGAGAGUGGCAGAGGAGAAAGGAGUUUCAUGGGAGGAUCGGGCUUGGAGAGAGAUGAGGGAGGGAAAACGGGGGCCGCCAUGCAUCCUCAGCUUCUGGGGGACUUUGGAGAGGGUCGGGGCUCAGUGGGAGCUGGAGGCCCAGGGCCCCAGCCAGUGCCCAGCCCCGCUGGGAGCCCCGGCCAGCACCACGGACGGCGCCCAGGAAGCCCGAGUCCCCCUGGACGGGGCCUUCUGGAUCCCGAGGCCCCCGGCAGGUUCGCCCAAGGGCUGCUUCGCUUGCGUGUCCAAGCCCCCUGCCCUGCAGGCUCCAGCGGCCCCUGCCCCUGAGCCCUCGGCCUCUCCCCCGAUGGCGCCCACACUGUUCCCCAUGGAGUCCAAGAGCAGCAAGACCGACAGCGUGCGGGCUGCCGGCGCGCCCCCCGCCUGCAAGCACCUAGCCGAGAAGAAGACGAUGACCAACCCCACGACCGUCAUCGAGGUCUACCCGGACACCACUGAGGUGAACGACUAUUACCUGUGGUCCAUCUUCAACUUCGUCUACCUCAACUUCUGCUGCCUGGGCUUCAUCGCCUUGGCCUACUCCCUCAAAGUGCGAGACAAGAAGCUUCUCAAUGACCUGAAUGGAGCCGUGGAGGAUGCAAAGACGGCCCGGCUGUUCAACAUCACCAGUUCUGCCCUGGCAGCCUCCUGCAUCAUCCUCGUCUUCAUCUUCCUGCGGUACCCCCUCACCGACUACUAAGGCCCGCCAGGCACGGCCGCUGGCAGAGACAAGCACUGAGACAUGUUUAUUUUCAUGGUCCCUGAAACGCAGGAUCCCAUGAGGUUGGGGCAGGGCAGGGCUUCUUGUCCUGGGCCCCCCUUGAGCUGUGAACUGGGCAGCAAGGCCAUCAGAAGCUGAGUACAGCAAGGGUGCAGUGAGCUUGGCCCUCAGUCCACCCCCUCCGCCUCCUGGCCUCUGCCCUGCCUGUGUCUGGGGCCUGGGGGCUUCUCCCCUCACUGCUGCACCCUGGCUUCCAGUGUCUGUGUCCCUGCCCUCACGUGCCCCUUCCCAGGCUCCUGGGACCCCUUGGACCUGACACCUAGCAGGAAGGGCUUACGCAAAAUUGUCCCAGGAUGGGAGGACUCACUCUAUGCUCCCUGACCCUGCCUCCUCCAUGCUGUGACCCCACUCAGAGCCCUUGUGUCUGUGAACUUUCAAUGAAAUACCCAUGCAGCUCCA